AUGCUAAACGUUGGAAUUCCUGUAUUUAACUUUCGGUUUGACACCCGGAAGUAGAACAGAACACUACCUGCUGAUUACGAAAGCAACUAUACUGGAGCAAUGGCAACCAAAUUAACUCAGGUUCACAAGAACCAACUUUCCAAAUGGAUAGAUUCAUCGAAGAAACACAAAUUGUCUCUAUUGUACAAAAUCAGCCGUGACGGGUGUAACGCCCAUACCUUCCAUAGUUUCUGUGACAAUAAGGGUCCAACUGUCACCGUUUUGUACAACAUUAACAAGUCAGUGUACGGCGGAUACACCGCUGUUUCCUGGGCUGGUGGUAAUGACUACAUCAAUGAUGAUCAGGCAUUUCUGUUUAAGCUGGAAUAUAACGGUAAAGCAGAACCCAUGAAGUUCUCCAAGAAAGCUAGCGAAAGGAACACAGUCUAUCGUAAUGGCAAUUACGGGCCAACAUUUGGAGGCGGGCAUGACCUGAAGUGUUUCGACGGAACUGUAAACAGAUCUGAUAAUCAAUUUAUAUUGAAUGGUUACGCCAAAGUUGGCAACACAUUUGACAUGCAGGGACAAGAUUUCAACAGUGUGAUGAACGGCCAUCUAAAAGUCUUGGAACUAAAGGUUUACAGUGUUCGAGAGAAAACGGCGGAGGAACAAAGAGAAGAGGAAGCACUCCUCGAAAGAGAUAGGAAAGCGAGACAGAUAAUGGAAAAACCAUGGAUACGAAACAUCGACUGGAGUCCAAAGCUUGAGGAGAUUGAGAAGGAUAAAGUUGCUACUUAUAAACCACUAUCCGGAUUGGACGUUAAGCAGGCCAUGAUAUUGUUGGUCGGACAGGUCGGGGCUGGGAAGUCUAGCUACUUCAACACCAUCAACUCCAUCUUCAGGGGUCAAAUCAGUAUCCAGGCCAACGCCGGAAGUGCUGAAAAAAGUUUGACAACUUCCUUCCGGAAGUACCAAAUAAGGGACGGAUACGCUGGUAAACCUCUCAAUUUCCGCUUGUGCGACACACGUGGUCUUGAAGAGGAUGAGGGUCUUGACGACCAGGAAAUAGGCUAUCUACUUGAUGGCCACGUGCCUGAAAAAUACAAGUUCAAUCCCAGCGUUCCACUGACGCCAGACGCAAUGGGAUUCGUGAAGAUCCCUUCACUCUCCGAUAGGAUGCACUGUGUAGUUUACGUAAUGGACGCCAGUACUGUUGACGUCAUUCCGGAGAAAGUAAUGGAGCGCAUUAAAUCAAUGCAGACACGGAUAAACCAAAGAGGGAUCCCUCAAGCUGUCCUGCUGACAAAUAUCGACAGAAUAUGUGAGCCGACAUCUGAUGAUUUAAGCAAAGUGUUCUUCAGUACAGCUGUGAAAGAGUGCGUCGAGAGGGUUUCCAUGAUGAUGGGACUGCCCCAGACCCAAGUAUUCCCAGUGAAGAACUACCAUCGCGAGGCAGAUCUUGAACAAAACAUCAACAUCCUAUCACUCAUGAGCCUCAGACGAAUUCUCAACUUUGCUGAUGAUUUCCUCUACAACAAACUGGACGAUAUUGAGACGUCCAAGGAAGCUCAAUCCAGAGUCCAGAUUAGUGAAUAGGUUAUGUGCCAUUCAAUCCAGAACUCUUGGGUUUAUAUUACUAAUACCUAACUUUGCAUAUUUUAUAAAUUAAUAUAUUAAUUCCUUUUUCCAUCACGUUGAAUUAUUCGAUUGAUUGAUUUUGCCAUGACAGAAAUAUUUUCUGUAGAUUAUGUUCCCGAUAUAUGUGUAAUUCACCGUAAGGUAGUUUGAACUUCUAAAAACAUCAAUAUAUGUGAUGAGGAAAACAAUAGAAUCAUGAACAUAAAGGGCGAACGAUGUCAUGUACAGUGUAUCUGCACAAUGCCUAUCUUACAUAUACAUAAGCUUACAUGUUAAGAAUAAAAUCAACUACUUGGACCAUCACAAUCUAGUGACUAUCCAGGAGGAACAGCUGAGUGUUUUGUUCCUGGACGAUAAAUCCUGCUAAAGGGAACAACCAACCAAUUGAAAAAAAUAGAUUUUUGAAACAACCCCUUUGUAUAGAAAGUUGACCCAGGGAUAAAAUGUCUGGCAGCCACUGAUUGGCCAGUAUGUUAUGAAGUAACGAAAUAGAUAUGUGGCCUGAUAGGUAACUGUCCAUAUGAAAUGUUCAUAUAAAUUCCGUAAGUCCAAUUGAUUUUUUUCCCAAAAGUUCAGGUCAUAAUCAUUAACAGGUAAAAAUUUCAGAUUUUUGAGAAUUUUUACUGCGAAAUUCACCCAUAUUCAAAAUGGCUACCCUGCAAAAUAAAUUGAGCUGAAGGACCCAACCUUUUUUUUAUUACGUGUUAUACGAAACCCUAAACUUUUGUUAUAAAUCAUAAUUGCCAAAUUGAAUUCAAGAAUUUUAAUGAUAUACUCCAAAACGUUAACACUAAAGUCUAUGGAAAACAAUUGGUUGGUUGGUCCCUAUAUAAGGCCUCAGGCCACAGUUAUGCUUCUUUCGUAAACUACUCCCAUUGUGAAAAGUAUUUCAGAGACAAUAAUCUGAUGACCACUCUAAACCCCCUGUGGUUGGUUUAAAUAGUUUUUAUUCCAAUUCAACGAUUAAUAUUUAAACUUUAAUUUCGCUUUAACACAUCCUGUAAGUACGUGCAUUUGUAUUUUUCAUAUCUAUUAUUUUUUAUUUCAUAUGUGUAAUGCUUGAUUUCCUUCUUUCUGCUCUGCAUGUACUCUUGAUUGAUAUGUGAUUUUGUUUUACCUUUAUAUUCUGGACUGGUCCGUUUAAAUUUAGAUAUACUAGUAUACAUUGUAAGUAAAUAAAGGUAGCUGUCUUUUAAAAA